AUGCGCCGCCCGCGCGAGCCGCGGCCCUGGCCACGGGAGCGCCGCCACGGGACGCAAAGCUCAUCACGCCCGGCGUGGUGCGCGCUGAUCGGUUUCGCCGUGGUGUGCGCGCUCGCGGUGAACGCGCGGCACAUGCUGCAACUACAUAGUGCGGCGGCGGCGGAGCGCGAGGGCGGCCUCCUCGAGACGUGGCGCGCCGAGGCGCGCGACGCCUGGACCGGCGACGCGCCCUGGCCGCGCGUCGUCCACAGCCCGCGGCCGACGCCGGCGCCGUCGACGAUGCGCGUGGAAACGCCUAAGAUUGACGCGGAGGAGCGCGCAGCGGCCGAGGCCGAGCGGCGGAGACACCAGAUGGAGGCCGAGCGCGCGGCGGAGGAGCGGCGCGCACAAAAAGAAAAGGUGGAUGAGGAGCGCGCCGCGGCCGAACGCGCGGAGGCGGCGCGGCUGGCGGCCGAACGCGCGAGGAAGCUAGCAACGCCCGCGCCGUCGCCGCGGCCAUCACCGCGGCCCGCGACGCCCGCGCCGACGCCGGACCGCUACGAGCCGCGGGACCGCACGACGCCCGCGCCGGUCGCUACGCCAAAAGAAGAGCCGCGGGACCGGACGACGCCCGCGCCGACGCCGGACCGCUACGAGCCGCGGGACCGCGCGACGCCCGCGCCGGUCGCGACGCCGAAGAAGGCGUCGCGCGCCGUCGUCGCCGUCGACACGAAGUACCGCGUCAACUCGACGCGCCGCGCGGCGCACGCCGAGGCCAACGCGCUCGCGACCGGUAAAGCAGUGCCCUGCCGCGCGCGACGAUCGCAGAACAACACGUGGCUCGGCGUAAGGGUCUUGGUGACCGGCCUGUCGCGGAGCGGCAGCACGUGGCAGUACAACGCCGUCAAGAGCAUGCUCGAGCAGUACGUUCAAAGAAGGCGCCUCUCUGCUGAAGAGUACGCCGUCCACGGCGCGCACGCGGACGGCGACGCCGCGGCGUUCGACGCUUGUCUGAGUUCCCGCAUCUGCGUGCUGAAGACGCACAUCUUCGUGCCUCGCUUGGUAAAUCAGGUCGAUGUGAUCCUGACGUCCCACCGCGACGUGCGGGAUGUGGUAUUGUCGUCGAUGCUUAUGUUCGGGGCCUGCUUCGCGCCGACCGGGUCCACGCGGACCCAAAGAUCUCAUGGUGUUGCUUUGAGAUUUCAGCAGUACGCGCACUGGGCGCCCUACGUCUGCUACGAUGCUGUGUAUGAGCGCAUGAAGUUGAAUUAUACGAGCGAGGUCCAGCGACUUAGUAGAGCCGUUCUGGGAAACGAGAACGCCGUCGACGCUUCAGCAGUGGUCCAACACGUCGACGAGCUCGCGAAUCGGAAGCCGACGUCGUGUCAGAGAGGGGCCAACUCGCCGAAGCGAGGAAGGCACCAGCCGCGCAAGUGCUGGGACUCGACCACCGGCUUUGGGGCCGGCCACGUCCACGCGGCCACCUCAAAACCGAAGGCCUACUCGAAACGAAUUGUCUUAGAUGAGGUUCAAAGAAGGGUGCCGCACUGCGACGUCUAUUUGGCUCUUAGGAGGGUCACGGAGGGAUUUGGUGGGUGGCUCUCGGCUCAUGGGUACGAUGACGGCGACGAUCGACUCAAGGAGGACACGGACGCCGCCUUGUUGCUGAGGGGGGCCUUCGCCGAGGAGGUCAACACUACUAACGCGGAACCUACGCCGGCACCGACACCAAAGCAAGAGGACGAGGGCGAGCCCGACGACGACGGCAAUCAAAGAAGGCGCCUGCUCUUCUCUCCAGUUAGAAAGCACUGGGGCAAUAAUUUUGUGGACUCGCUGCCCGAGCGGGCCCAGGUCAUGGACGGUAGGGAUUUCCGAAGGCCCACGCACGGCACGCCCGUGGCCUGGCCGCGCUUCGUGCACGUGACGAACCCCUUCUUCCGCAGUAAGCCGCACGCGCACACGACCAUCGGUGGCGAGGCGAUCAACGAGGACGAGGUCGCUCAUGAGGCUCUAAGUAGCGCUUGGAGGGUCGCAACAAGAUCAGGUAUUGAUGUGGAGCUCGUAGCGGCAGCAAGGCACGACGACCGAGACGCGCAACGCAUCUUGACGCGCUUCCCCGUGCGGCGGGCGUGCGAGCUGGGGAACGGCGUGAUUACGGCGAACGGGAUGAGAUUACCACUGGUGUCGGACCUGCUUGAGUGCGCUGCGCAUAACCACGAGGCGGACUACGUCGUUUUGACCAAUCCUGAUAUCCUAAUACAUCCGCACUUCUACGUUCACCUCCAACAGCUCGUGUUAGAUGAAAGGAGGCCGUUGCGCACGGCCUGGUCUAUUACUAGAAGACAGAUCGCGCCGCGCGCGUUUGAGACGCUGGAUGACGUGUUUCGGAGCGUGGGCGAGCCGCACCUGGGCCACGAUACGCUCGUAUUCCCGAGGUCCUGGCUGAGUCGCCUCCAGGCGCCGACGGCACUAACGCCGGGCUUCUCGCCCUGGGGCGGCGCCUUCAUGGCGUCGCUGGCGCAUGUCGGACGGGCCGUCGUGUUAGGUGGCAAGCGCUGGACUUUUCAUUUAGCUGGCGACGGCGUGCCGCCGGACGCGUCCAAGGCCGAGGCUCGCAAAUUGCAGAAGGACGCGCUGCUCCAAAAGCGGACCGAGGUCUGCGAGAACCACGCCGGCACCUUCUUCACAACAUUGGAAUCCGCCGCCUUCCUGACGGCUACUUUACAGGAAGAUGUGGUCUCGAGAUGUUGUUGUGGUGUCGACGCGGCCGCGGCGCCGCACGGCACGAUUCGACUCCCGGCACCGGCGUCGGCCUACGCCCUCAACUUCUUCUCGGGGCCGAACAAGCCGCGGCUCAAGGCCCUGGGCAUGCACUCCUACCAGUACCUCUGGGACCGGUUGGGUGCUGAUGUGGACUUGUCGCGAUGUGCGGCCCUGCCGGGUAUCCAACUAUUGCCUUCAAGUGUAAUCCAGGAGGAGGUCAACAAGUGGUGUUCGACGCAGACGUGCCCCCAGCGCCGGAAUAAUUCGGAUUGCGCGCGGGCGCGGGCGCGGCCGGAGUUCGAAGCUGAACUCAUAGACGACGCGACGGUGGCCGGCGCCGCCCUGACGAUUUUCGUGGCCUACGAGAAGCUCCCGACGCCCUACGAGGGCGGCCACGUGCGCAUCCGCCAGAUCUUGUCGUGGUCGUGCCGCGCGGGCCACCGUGUGAUUUUGGCCCAUCGCGACGCCAAAGCACCAAAAGAGUUCUCGUCGAAGUGGGAGGCCCUGCCCGCCAAGAUGGUGCGCGACCUGGACAUCGCCGGCUGCGAAGAUUCGAACCUCGCGGUCUUCGCUGUGUCCUCCGAUUUGAAGGCUGUGACGGCACCGCGCCUAGCGAAGCAACGGGUGGACGUGGUCAUCGGGACGACGUGGUUUUAUAGGAGGGACGCGGCGCCCAUACCGUUGCUAUUACUGCCUGUCGUCCGCGAAUUGGGCCUGUUAAGAAGAAGGAAGAUCCGAUUAGCGCUAGUUUCCGACGACGUGCAGUACGCUAGGGCAAAGUCCGUAGCCGCGGCGCGCGGCGACGCGCCGAACUACUGGAAGAACGUGCGCGAGGCGGAGCGCGUGUUGUACGGACAUCCUGAUGUGGAGGUCGUCCUCUCGAUCAGCGACGACGACUCGAGGGCCUUCGAGGAGGUGCGCGCGUCGCCCCCAUCGGAGGUGUCGGCGGACUUCGUUGGUCAUGAAUUACUAAAGAAGGAGACCAUCAGUGCGGCUAAGCCGCCGAUCCGCGUCCUGCCCUUUCGGGCGCGCAUCGACCCGCAGACGGCCCGCAAAGGCUGGGACGCGCACGCCCAGACCUGGGCGGCCCGGAAAGACCUGGUAUUUGUUGGUGGAGGUACGUACUCGAACCGGAAAGUGGUCCGGUGGCUGCUCCGCGAGGCGCUGCCGGCCAUAUCUUCGCUUUCCGAUGUGGAUGGCGGGUGCGACGAGCUGCGCAACGCCAACCUGAUGCUGGCGGGGACCGUCGUCUGGGCGGAAGAGGCUCGAGCCGCGUGCAAGGACGCUCGCAGUAAAAACGAUGCCGAGCAAAUUCAGCGCGUGUGCUCGGCCGAAAACGUCGGGCGAGGCCGGCCGCCCCACACGUCCGCGCGGGUCUGGGCGCCCGGCCGCCUGGACAAUGUUGGGAAUGUCCUCAGGCGCUCGCGAGUCUUUGCGGCGCCGGCCGACGUGCCCUCGGGAAUUUCCACAAAAGUCUGGCUCGCGCUCGAGCACGGCCUGCCCAUCGCGACGACCAUUGAUGGCAGUCGCGGUUUGCCUACCGCCGCGCGGGAAGCUGCUUUACAGGGCAGGUCGCCCUUCCUCGGUCCCGUGUCUCUCGAGAGCUCGGCGACUCAUUUCGCCAAGGCCGUCUCGACUACAUACUGCAACGCGAGCCGCUGGCGCCAUGACGCCCUGGCGGCCCUCCAGCUGGCCAAGGACCUCGAGUCGCGCGCGCCGUGGACGGGGCCGGACGGCCCGCUCGCGGACCUCACGUCGGGGCCCGCAUCGAUGGCCUGCGCGGCGCCGUCCGCACCGAUAAACCUCGAGAAGGAGCGCGCCGUCGCCUCGGACCUGAUCGGUGCUGUCCAGGGCCGGUUUAAUACGAUGCUCGCGUCCGCGGGCGGCGACUGCCGGAGUUUGAUGGCGACCUAUGACUAA